AGGGGAGCACGUCCGGGUGCAAAGGUAGUACGGAGAGCAGCUCCCACUUCGGCACCCAGCCAGAAUGCAUCCCAGAGAGCACCGCCAAUACCCACACAGUCUAGGCCUUCUGAACCUGUUUAUUAUCAUGAUUACAGCUCUUCGACGCGCCAUAUCGAUCUUUCCUCAUUGCGCUCUCGAUACGGGGAGUCCUCACCUACUUACCGCCCCUAUCGUUCCUCCCCGCCUUUUGAGGGCGUUGGCGAGAGCUCUAUGAGCAGUCCCCGGAUUCCCUCAAGCCCUCAGGUAUAUUUACCAGAAGCGCAACCAAGAGUCUACGAUAUUGCACAGCUUUCGUCGUCUAUUAGGGAAGGAAAUGCUCCUAUAGCAGAAAGCGAGGUUAGUAGUAUUCCCGAUAGCACUGACGACCGCUUUGAGAGCACUGUUAACAUUCAUGCGAGCAACCUAUCUCAGAGAUCCUUGUUACCUAGCUCGAGGAGUGCAAACGUUCUCUCAAUGCAGGCUCAGAGGAUUGAGAAGGAGUGCAGCACGCUAAUCGGGGACCACACUCUUCUACAUGAGCCUUUUCCACCUGCAGCGAGGCUUUCGGUACUGGUAGUGAACAUGUGGGCAGCUGUUACGGGCAUGCCAAGCAUUUACGGGAGUGAGAGAAAAGGCUAG